GAUACUGAACCACUGCAACAGUCGGACUGCAAUCAGCGUCUUCGUCGGUGACAACGCAGAAAGCUAACGUCUGGACGAAUCACAGCUGCCCAUCUUCUUUCACACGGUAAGCGUUCACGGAGGAGAGCAUCGGCUUCUCAAGUGGUGCACAUUCCUUCUACACUUUCUUUUGUUUCUUUUUUGCUUCUAUAGCGUCUUUACAGCCUCCAUCACGGCGGCCUCUCUAUCAAAUUCACGAGGUUUGUUUUGAUACCGCUUCCGUUGGACACACGUAUCUAUAAGUUGUCAACCCCCGUGGAUUGAGUCACCGGCUCGCGUUGCAACGGUGCGUCAUUGCUGAGUGCGCUGCACACUGUUCAAAAGAAUCCAGCUGAAGCGCUUUUACAGUUUUUCCUCUCCUUCUGCGUUUCCAGUACAGCUGGAACGCGUAGCUCGCCUGCUGUAUCUUUUCUCAAGCCCAAGUGAAUGCCCGCUGCGUUUCAUUGAGCAGCCGCGAGAGGAAAGCUUGGACGUCAUUUCGCAAACGGCGGAGCCAUCCACCGUGGUGCGCGUGUGCGUGGGUCUCCCUUUGCGUACAUCUAGCAAAAAACAACAACCUCCACGGUAUGGUGGAUGUGUUGACCCACCUCAUGGCGGGCACCUUAGCUGGCAUGACGGGGGUCCUCGUGGACUACCCGCUGGACACCAUCAAGACCCGCAUGCAGACGCGCUGCCCCAAUACCGGCGGCUCCUACGCACUGUGUGCCACCCGGCUCUACCAACAGGGCGGCAUCAACGCCUUUUAUCGCGGACUCAGCGUGCCCUUCGUCGCGCAGGGCGCGGAGGCGGCGAUUAUUUUUUCGGUGUACCACACCGCGCUGCAUCACUUCCGCACGGAGGAGGAGAAGGGCUGCUCCGCCACCGAUCCGCUUCCACCCUCGAUCUGGAGCUCCUUGUACUACUGGAAGGCGGCGGCGUGUGCUGGUCUGGCCGUUUCCUUUGUUCUGACCCCUGUGGAAAUGGUGAAGUGUAAUUUGCAGAUGGAAAGUAGUCGACCGUGCUGGCAGCGGCGCCACCUCUCGGUGCGUAGCCUCGCCUGGGACGUGUACCUCACCGACGGCCUCCGAGGCUUUUAUCGGGGCAUGACGGGCACGAUGACGCGCGCCGUCUUUGGCAACGUAGCCUACUUUCUUUCGUACGAGCAGUGUAAGCAGUGGUUGACGUGUGUGUCGCGACCAGCCGCACGUUCGUCUCCCCUCACCUCCUCUUCACAGCAUUCAACGGCAAAAGCACCACAUCAUGGGGUGCCUGCCUGGCGCUCCAUGCUGGCGGGCGGCAUCAGCGGGUGCUUGUACUGGUCCAUCGCCUACCCCGCCGACGUCGCCAAGACGAAGAUGCAGGUGUGCGCCAACGCCAGUGCGGCGGGGUUCGUUGGCACGCUGCGCCGCUGUUACGUGAACGGCGGGGUGCGUGCACUGUACCGCGGGUGGGGCGUGACGGCCGCACGCGCCUUUUUGUCGAGCGCCGUCGUCUUCACCACAUAUGAGCGAUUUGAGCGUGCGAUUGCUGGUCGGGGGCCGGUGCACCUCUCUCUCGUGCGCGAGGCGGCCUCGGAAUGA